AAUGAGCGGGUUCACUCACAGACGAGUUUCACUGCAGCAGAGGAGAACUUUGGAAACGGUGCGACAUGGAAAACGGCUGUGAGACUGGGAGACCCUAACGAGGAGAAAGGUAACAAGGCAACACAGAGGAACCAUCUGUGGUUGGUUAAAAGGAGCCUAUUGGAUCCUGCCAUGCCAGAAGAAGCUAAUAAAGACACCAUGAGAACGCCAGCGACCCCUGAGAAGGCCAACAACAGCGAGCGUCCGGCAUCUGGCGUGACGUCAGUAAACAUCCCCUUGGUCAAUGAGGUCCAGCUAACCGCAGCCACCGGCGGGGCGGAGCUGUCCUGCUAUCGCUGCACCGUCCCGUUCGGCGUGGUGGUCCUCAUCGCGGGCAUCGUGGUCACCGCCGUGGCUUACAGCUUCAACUCACACGGAUCCACCAUCUCCUACUUCGGUUUGGUGCUCCUCUCGGCCGGACUGGUGCUCUUAGCGUCCAGCGUUGUUUGCUGGAAGGUGAGACUGGAGAGGAAGAAGGAGAGGCGACGGGAAAGCCAAACGGUCCUGGUCACAAACCACAGGAGUAUUUUUACUUGAACUGUCAGUUUUGAAUGACACAAUCCUGACUUCCGGUUCCUGAUCUUGAGCUGGUUUGGAGAUGGAGAACCAGCUGCGGAAAGAUGUUGACCAGAACGUGUUGGAUUUCUGACCUGUAAAAGCUUCGACCGCAGACUCUCAAGGCGCGGGACUUAAAGCUUUGAAGACAUUUUAAGGGAUUUAUUUGUCAAACAGACGCCGUGCAUCUGGCGAGCCGGGAACGCAGCCAGAAGGAAUGUAUCACAAUUAAGAUGAAUUACCACUGUGCGAAGCAAUGUAGAGGAAGUCUCCCAUUAAUCUGCUGUUGGAUGUGGCGGCUUUGAUUGUAAUGGGAGGGAUUGUGGUUUGAAAAACCCAGGAAAAGGAGAGGGAAACUGGAAAAUCCAGGACAAUGAUUCAUGCCUCAUUUGCUUCACUUCAUCUUUCACAUCUGUUUAUAAAGUCUCAUUGUUCAUUUCACAGGGAAUUAUUAUGAAUUGCCUGUUGUGUUAUGGAAGUAUGGUACUUGAUAUGAGAUCUUUGUUUAAAAUGUAUUUUCCUCAGCUGGCACGUGAUGUUAUACAUAGAGAGGGAAUAUUUAACCUUAAAUAUGUAUACUCUUUAAGCACUUUGAAUCAUAAUCAUCCUAUUCAGUAUUAAACAACAUUUAUUAACAAAUUACAUUAAAUUUAAGUAGUUUUGUCAGUUUUGGCAAAUUUGAAACAUCCAAAUUUUUGUUGUCCACAGUGUACUCCCAUACUGUAAAAAAAAAAAUAUAUAUUUUUUGUUUUUAUGUAAUCAUUUGCAUGUAUUGACUGUUACCAGGACGUCAUGAGGUUUAAUAAACUCAUUAUUAUUAA